AUGAGCACAGAGGCUCGUAUUCGCAAGCGCAUUCCCAAGUCCUGUAAACGGUGUCAUCGCCGCAAGCAACGCUGUGUGGGGUAUCCGACAUGUGCGGGAUGUGAGGCCGCUAACCAGCCAUGCUUGCGCUCCGAAACCGUCCCCUCAUGGCAUCACGCUAUGUCCAAGGGAGCCUUGGUUCAAAGAAUUGAAAUGCUCGAAUCCCAAUUGGCCACCGCGUUACAGCGCCCAUCGCUGGAGCCACAUGCAGAUCAGGAUACGGCGUCAAGCCAUCACAACCCGGAUCAGUCUGCUGUCCUCUCCCUGUUAUCGCUUGGUCGCGAACACAACCAUGGUCCAGCAUAUCUGGGGCCGUCAUCGGGCCGGACCAUCGCGAAGAACCUAGGUGGUAUCGUAGACGAUACCGUAUGGACCGAGUCCAUCCCCAUCAAUGCUGGUUUCCAACACAGGGAAGGCAUUACCCCGAUCCCCUCUGCAUUGAGCAGCACUACAUCUCUCCCAGGUCUUGAUGGGGGCUUCAAGCUCAUCGAUGCUUUUUUUCGAGACAUGCAUACCCGGCUUCCGUUUCUGGAUCGCUCCGAGAUCUACCACCUACACCAGACCAUCCACCAGAACAGUCCUGCUGGGAUUCGCGGAUUUGAGACUUUCAAGAUCUUCAUGGUCUAUGCCUUAGGGGCCUCGAUACUACGAAUGACUGAUUCAUAUGACUCAACUCCCCCUCGCGACUUUUGGACUGCAGCAUCCAAUUCCCACAGCGCCCUCAAAUCAACUUCGACUUAUGCGAGAAUUGAGGCAAUCAUGUUACUGGUCCUCUAUGAUUUGCGCUCAACCUCGCAUUCGACUGUGUGGUAUACGAUAGGCCUAGCAAUGCGUAUCUGCGUUGACCUUGGGCUACACCGCGAAAGCCAGUAUCGAGCGAUGCGACCGCACGCUGCCCAGCUGCGGCGUCGCCUGUUCUGGAGUGUAUACUUGGUCGAGAGAUACGUGUGUUGGUCUCUGGGCCGUCCGUUCAGCAUUGCCGAAACAGAUAUAGAUGCUGAUGUACCGGCUGACAUGGAUGACGCUACCAACGACGAUCGGCAGGUUGAUCAGAUGGUACAGACUCCCUCGGACCCGACGGCGCCAACACCAGGCCCAAAUCUCCGUAGAUUUAUUUCUACCAUCCGACUUCAGCGCAUCAUGUCUCGAAUUCACUCCGAGAUAUACCGUGUCGAUCGAGACCUACCAGCAUUGAUCACCAAAGUACCCCCGUUGAUGGCUUCUCUCGAAGAAUUCCAGCAGGCUCAACCUGUGAUGGCACCUGAGGAAUCAACCUUCGUACGCAUGCACUGGUAUAACUGCAUCCGCAUGCUACUACAGCGAUUCCUUAGCAUUCUUCCCUGUGAGGAUCCCCUGAUCCAGAAAUGUCUCUUCGUUUCCGGCAAAAUGUGCCAGUGCUUCAAGACACUGCGGCAAAGAGACUCAUCUGGGUACUCAUUUCUUCUGGUCAAUUCAUUGUUCAUGGCUGGAUUGACGAUGUGUAGUCUCUGUCUUUUCCGGGCGCCCCAUCUCUGGAGCGUGGCAGUGUCGGACGACUUGCGGGCCUGCUCGUUGGUGAUGUUUAUGAUGGCGGAGCGAAACACCACCCUCCGCAGAUAUCGCGAUGGGCUAGAAACCGUCAUGACCAGAGCCAUUGAGUUCGUGAAUAAUGCCACCACCACGCCGACCGACAUUACAGGAGGGCUGUCAGUAGCCCCGUCCGGCGAGCCAUGGUGCCACAUUGAUGGAGCAUCUCAUCCUGGAGUGCAAGCUACCCACGGGUCCCAUGGCCUUCCUGAAUGGAUUGAUUUACCCACCCCACCUACCGGUGCUGACUCAAUUCCCUACGAGGGAUCGAGCCUACAAUGCCACGGAUUACAAGAGAUGCUAGAUAACCUGCACUCGUUUGGCGAUAUGCUGACGGAUGAUUUCUGGGCCGGCCUUCCGUGGACAUCAAUGGCAGGAUAG